UUGGACGGACAGACAUGGAGCUGCCUGGUUAAUUUAGAUCUGGAGACAAACUACAGGCAAAGAAGCUCCCGCAGCUUCUAAUUAUCUAUAAAGCUCUUAUCCAUUUUAUCAUUAUGACGGAAUAGUCAAAACUUUUAACACUGGCUGGAAUACUAAAUUUCAUCUUCUGGCUAACGAUUCUGGGAGAACAGUCGUUUCUCUGGAAGAGGUGGAGACCAUUUCCUCUGCAAGACGUGUGAGCCAUGCCCUUACCAUUUGGCUUUAAACUCAAAAGGACUCGAAGGUAUACAGUUUCAAGCAAGAGCUGUCUUGUCACUCGGAUUCAGCUUCUCAAUGGAGACUUUGUGGAGUUUACUCUGUCCGUGGAGAGCACGGGGCAGGAAUGUUUGGAGGCAGUAGCCCAGAGACUGGAGUUAAGAGAGAUCACAUAUUUCAGUCUUUGGUAUUGCAAUAAACAAAACCAGCAGAGGUGGAUCGACUUGGAGAAGGCGCUGAAGAAACAGCUGGACAAGUAUGGCUCCGAGCCCACCGUUUACUUUGGAGUCUUGUUUUACAUACCCAGUGUCACCCAGCUGCAACAGGAGAUCACAAGAUAUCAGUAUUUCUUACAGUUGAAGAAAGAUGUUCUGGAGGGCAGAAUCUCCUGCUCCCUGGACCAAGCCAUACGUUUAGCGAGCUUCGCAGUGCAAGCGGACUUUGGGGACUUCAGUCAAUAUGAUUCCCAGGAUUUUCUUCAGAAGUUUGCACUGUUUCCUAUAAAUUGGAUUCAGGAUGAACAGGUGCUGGAAGAGGCCACACAAAAAGUGGCACUCCGCUAUCAGUCCUUUAGAGGUUUGCCAGCCUCAGAGGCAGAAACGUUGUACAUGCAGGAGGUGGAGAAAAUGGAAGGCUAUGGCCAGGAAAGCUAUCAAGCAAAGGACAGUACAGGCACAGAUGUUACCUUGGGAUCCUGUCUUGAUGGUAUCUUUGUCAAAUAUAAAAAUGGACGUCCAUCUCUAUUGUUUAGGUGGCAUGAAAUUAACAACAUGAGUCACAAUAGGUCCUUCUUUGCCCUGGAGUUGGCCAACAGAGAGGAGAGUGUUCAGUUUCAGACCGAAGACAUGGAAACCUCUAAAUAUGUAUGCCGGCUGUGUCUUGCCAGACUCAAGUUUUAUAAGAUUAACAAGAGUAGCCUCCAAAGCCAACCUACAGCUGUCAACCCAGUCAGACGAAGGUCUUCUACCAGAAUAUCUUUGCCAAAGCCACAAGCCUACAUGAUGGCCCCUCCACAAAUGCACUACAAUGGUCAUUUCACGGAGCCUUACACAUCAUCACAAGACAACCUGUACAUGAACUCGCAGAAUGGGUAUUACUACCACUCUCAGACCAGUCUGGACCACUCUCCUCUAGAAUACAACAGUGGAGGGCGUUUGCGUAAUGGCAGCGUGUACAGUGCCCACAGCACCAGCUCUCUGACCAACCCCCAGCACUACCUCCAGCCAUCACCCAUGUCCUCCAACCCCUCUAUCACCAGUGACAUCAUCAGGCCAGAUUAUGUUCCCUCCCAUCGCCACAGCGCUGUCAUCCCACCCUCCUAUCGUGCCACGCCUGAUUAUGAAACAGUGAUGCGCCAAAAAACCAGAGGUGUGGGGGGAGGAAUGGUUUUAUCUCAAGAGCAUCGGCAGAGUCAUUCCAUGAGGAACUUAAAUAUUGGAAACUCGUAUGCCUACAGCAGACCAGACCCUCUAGUUUACAGUCAACCAGAGAUAAGGGUAGAACAUGGUGGAACAUCCUAUCAUCACCACUAUCCAUUUCAUCUGGGCUCCAGCUUCCACAGCCCUUCUCCAUACCCCUACCCAGUGGAGCGCAGGCCUGUUGUGGGGGCAGUCAGUGUCCCAGAACUCACAAAUGUCCAGUUACAGCAAGCACAAGAGUAUCCGGCCACCAACAUCAUGAGAACACAGGUUUACAGACCACCUCCACCCUACCCAUAUGCCCAUCCUCGUCCUGCUAACAGCACACCUGAUCUUUCACGUCACCUGUAUGUCAGCAGUAGUAAUCCAGACUUGAUCAUCACAAGACGUGUGCAUCACUCAGUUCAGACCUUUCAGGAAGACAGUCUACCUGUUGCACACUCUUUACAAGAGGUCUCUGAGCCUUUAUUCAGCGGGCCUCCUCAUCGGCAGCCAUAUCAUACUCAGAAACGUAACUCGAUUGAGAUUGCUGGCAUAGCUCACAGUCUUGAGGGAGUGAGGGUCAAUGAACGAACUGUGUCUUCCUCAGCAACAGAAACAGCCACCCCGCCUGCAGGAGUACAUGCUGGUCCCUCUCAGGGUUCCCAGCUUAAUGUGUUUUUAGAACAUACAAAAACAGAAGAGAGAGGGGACAUUAAAGAAAAUGUAAAGUACGGGCACAAAAAGUCCAUCUCUGAUGCAACAAUGUUAGUUCACAGUAGUGGAGAAGAGGAGGAGGAAUUUGAGGACGAUAAUGGGUGUCACACUCCACUUUCACAGGAGGCUGUUCAAGAUAUUAUUCCCAAGCAGCCGCCACAGCAGCAUCGCAGCUCGACUUCCCUUUCUUCUUUGACAACACAGCAGACUCCCAUAGAACCUCCCCCUGCCUAUCCCAUAGGCUCUUCUCUGGACCCCUCCAUAACAAGCUCAUUAAUCUAUAAAGUUCAUCCUCUGAUCCAUAAGAGCGAGCCCCUUUACCUGCUGUCUGAAUUAAGACAACCUGAAAUUAUGCCCUCCGUGUCAGAAGGAGAUGUGACUGAGCAAACCAACGAUAAGCCCAAAAAAGAUUUUAAGAAGAGGCUUGAUGUGUCUGAUAUGCUUCUUGGGAGGAAAACAGGAGAUGGUUUACCCCCGCCGGGGAUGAAGAAAAGCUCCAGGUCAGAGGUGAAGAAGAUGGGCCCUCUGAAGAUGGCCCGUCUCAAUGGCCUGUCUGUGUCCAGGAAGCCAGUCCACGAGGAAAUCAAAGACGAGCCUGAGCAAACAUCCAAUGACGAAAAGUGUAAGCUGCUGGAGGAGCACAUGGAAAAAGGAGAGCUGUUUAAAGAGUACGAGAGUGUCCCAAAGCAUCGUCAGGGAGCAGAGUUCACCAUCGCUGGUUGUCCAGAAAAUUUAGACAAAAAUCGCUUUCUAGAUGUUCUUCCCUAUGAUGACAACAGAGUGGAGCUGGUUCCCACUAAAGAGAACAACACGGGCUACAUCAACGCAUCACCCAUUAAAGUAAAAGUAGGUGAACAGGAGUGGCAUUACAUUGCAACACAGGGUCCUCUGUCACACACAUGUCAAGACUUCUGGCAAAUGAUAUGGGAGCAGGGUGUUUCUAUCAUUGCCAUGGUUACUGCUGAAGAGACGCUUCGUGAUCAGAGGAUGAUGAUGGUUCAGACGCUGCCUCAGUAUACCUUCGUCUACAAGGUCCUCAUCGAGCACCAUCGUAAUUCCAGACUGAUUUAA